CAAAAAAAAAAAUAAAAAUUUCCUAAAUAGUUUUAAAUAUUUUUUUAGUUAUUUUUGACAAAAUUACUAUGCUUUUUCAAGUUACUUUCUUGCAAUUUUCUAAUUCCCUUUUCGCUCCCACCGUCUUCUCUUUCUCCGAUUCUUUUCUUCUUCUUCAAGAAAUUCUUUCAAUCAUUAUUUAAAAUCCUGUCAUUUCCCUCUUUGGUCUUCUCCUCCUCUCACCUCCUCCCUUAAGGCCUUAACAAUACUAGUACAGUGUACUCACUAUCGCACUCCCUUUUCUCUCUUUCAUUUUCAUAAUCUUCUUAUUCCUCCUAUCCAACUUCUCCCAUGGCUGCCGCUCCUUCUCCGAUUGCCGCUGUCGAUGUUCCCAAUCCUCUUUUGAUCGACUUCGAAUUCCCUCCUUUUGAUUCCGUCAAACCUGAGCAUGUUCGCCCUGGAAUUCGCGAUUUGUUGAAGCUAUUGGAAAAUGAAUUAUAUGAAUUGGAGAAGAAUGCUGAACCAACAUGGGAGAAAUUGGUUUAUCCUUUGGAGAAGAUUGUUGAUAAAUUGGCUGUGGAUUGGGGAAUGGUCAAUCAUCUUAAAGCUGUUAAAGACUCCCCCGAACUGCGAUCCGCUAUCGAGGAAAUUCAGCCAGAGAAGGUGAAAUUUGAUCUUAGGUUGGGCCAAAGUAAGCCACUCUACAAUGCAUUCAAAACUAUCCAAGAUUCGUCAAAUUGGUCAAAGUUGAGUGAGGCUCGUAGAAGGAUUGUUGAAAACCAAUUGAAGGAGGCUGUUCUCAGUGGUGUUGCUCUAGAAGAUGAAAAGAAAGACCAGUUUAACAAGAUUCAGCAGGAAUUGCAAAGACUCUCUCAAAAGUUUGAUGAGAAUGUUCUGGAUGCAACUAAGAAGUUUGAAAGACUAGUGACAGACAAGAAUGAAAUUGAAGGAUUACCUGCCACUGCUUUGGGUUUAGCUGCUCAAACAGCUGUGUCCAAGGGACAUGAAAAUGCUACUGCGGAAAAUGGCCCGUGGAUUAUAACAUUAGAAGCUCCGAGUUAUAUGUCUGUUAUGCAGCAUGCUAGAAAUCGGUCUUUACGUGAGGAAGUAUAUCGGGCCUAUGUGACCCGUGCUUCAAGUGGUGACCUUGAUAACACUGAAAUCAUCAACCAGAUAUUGAAGCUGCGACUGGAAAAUGCAAAGCUUCUAGGAUACAACAAUUAUGCGGAGGUGAGUAUGGCAAUGAAAAUGGCUAGUGUUGAUAAAGCAGAAGAACUCCUAGAAAAACUUCGUACUGCUUCCUGGGAUCCUGCUGUUCAAGAUCUUGAAGACAUAAGAAAUUUCGCCAAGCAGCAAGGCGCUGCUGAGGCUGACGACUUGACCCACUGGGAUAUCAACUUUUGGAGUGAAAGGCUUCGAGAGUCCAAGUAUGAUAUCAACGAGGAGGAGUUACGUCCCUAUUUUUCACUUCCAAAGGUGAUGGAUGGCUUGUUUUCCCUUGCAAAGAAAUUAUUUGGGAUUGAUAUUGAGCCGGUUGAUGGCCUAGCUCCAGUGUGGAACAAUGAUGUUCGCUUCUAUUGUGUCAAGGAUUCAUCGGGUUCUCCCAUAUCGUACUUCUAUUUUGAUCCGUACUCCCGUCCAUCUGAAAAACGAGGUGGUGCAUGGAUGGACGAGGUUGUAUCUCGAAGCCGUGUAAUGUCUCGUGAUGGUUCAUCUGUCAGGCUACCUGUUGCACAUAUGGUUUGCAAUCAAACUCCUCCAGUUGGUGACAAACCAAGCCUUAUGACAUUCCGUGAAGUUGAAACUGUUUUCCAUGAAUUUGGUCAUGCUCUUCAGCAUAUGCUUACCAGGCAUGACGAAGGUCUUGUUGCUGGAAUUCGAGGUAUUGAGUGGGAUGCAGUUGAGCUUCCUUCUCAAUUCAUGGAGAACUGGUGUUACCAUAGGGACACCUUGAUGGGCAUUGCAAAACACUAUGAAACUGGAGAGACUCUUCCUGAAGAUGUUUAUAAGAAACUUUUAGCUGCUAGGACCUUCCGUGCUGGUUCUUUAAGCCUUCGUCAGCUGCGAUUUGCUUCAUUGGAUUUGGAGUUGCAUACACGAUAUAUUCCCGGAGGUUUGGAAACCAUUUACGAUGUAGAUCAAAAAAUCAGUAAGAAGACACAAGUCCUUCCACCAUUACCUGAAGAUCGUUUCCUCUGCAGUUUCAGCCAUAUAUUUGCAGGCGGAUAUGCAGCUGGAUACUACAGUUACAAGUGGGCAGAAGUAUUAUCUGCAGAUGCUUUUUCAGCAUUUGAGGAUGCUGGAUUGGAUGAUGAUAAGGCGGUCAUAGAAACAGGACACAGAUUCCGAGAGACAAUUCUUGCUCUUGGUGGGGGAAAAGCACCGUUGGAGGUGUUUGUAGAAUUCCGUGGACGUGAGCCAUCUCCAGAACCACUUCUCCGCCACAAUGGUUUAUUACCAGCUGCGGCCUAAUCAUGAAAA